AUGAGUAGUUUGUUCCGGAGGAACGCUUCCCAACCGCUCUUCUUGUGCAUCUCAUGUGCGCUCCUUGGGUCGUGUUCGCAAUUCGGCAAGGGCCGCAAACAAGAUACGCUAGGGAACCACGCGAUCACGUGCUCGACAGUGAUGCCCGUGGACUUCUACGGCCGUCGCCUGACUCCCGACGACGAGAGCGAUCCUCUUCACGUCGCGUGUAGUUUCGAGAUCUUAAAGGAGGACGCAUAA